UGUUAGUUGGUGAAGCUUUGAACUAUAAAAUAACGGCGGGGACAUUUAUACGAAAACCGAACCUUUGAUUACAUUUUUUAUUAUCGAAAAAACAAAAUGGCUGUGGAAAAAAGUCACGCUGUCUAUUAUCAAAACCAAAAUGAAGUGAUCGAAAAUUUUUUAGAGCGUUAUGAAACAGCUUUACCAAUUAAUAAUAUGAUUGACACAAUCUACAAUCAAGAGCUGCUUUCUAAAAGAUUUCCAAUUAGAAAAAUUAUGUUUUUAGAAUUUAGUCAGUACUUGGAAAAUUAUUUAUGGAAAUAUUUUAAUGAGAAGGCAACAGAUGCCCAUGUUUUGUCGAUAUGUUUACUUGUAAAUGAAAAGUGUAGAGAAAGAGUACCACCAUGGGAGGUGUUCAAAGCAAAAAAUGAAUUAUUUGAGCUUUUUUUUCGAAAAGUACUUGAAAUUGCUACAAAAGAAAAAGGGUAUUCACUUAAAGAACAAAUCAUCGUGCUUAUUUUUUUAAUAAGAUGCUUUAAUAGUUUGGAAGUUGAUUUAAUCAGAGAACAAGUGCAAAAACUUAUCAGUUUACCAAUGUGGUGUUGUUUACAACCUGGGAGGUUGGAACAAGAAUUAAAAUCUGUUCCACAAUACCAAAAAUAUUGGAAUAUAAUUAAAAGGAAAGAUAGUAAAGCUAGCCCAGAUGAUCUUAAAAGGCUUGAGUUUGAGCGAAGGUUCAUAUCUGAUCUCAUUUAUGUAUUCUUUAAAGUUUUACAAAGCAUCACAGAAGGUGAAGUUGAUGAAGAUGCUGUGAGUUAUUGCGAGAGAUUUAUUGAGCUUAUGAUUGAUUUACAAAGUUUGUUACCAACAAGACGAUUUUUUAAUGUUCUUAUUGACAAUCAUCAUGUUGUUGUUCGAUGUCGAUUAUCAGCUUUGGCUAAACAUCCAAAAGGAAAACUUUUUAAUCAACUUGUUGAAAUGUUGAAGUUUUAUUGUGGUUUUGAAAUAAACGAUCAUACAGGAUCACCUCUUACGGAUCGUGAAAUGUCUGAAAAGCAUUAUGAGAGUAUUACAUCUUUACAAAGAGCAGUUUUUAAGAACUAUAAAAAUGAUGCUUUAGAUUUUGUAAUGGGUAAUGUUGCAUCUGUUGAUACAAGAGAAAAUUUGAAAAAGUGUUUCAAGAAAUUAAGCACAAGAAAACUUCAUUCAAUAGCUGCUCACUUGAACUUGGUACCAAGCUUAAAAGAUGUUGGAGAUCAAAAGUUUGAUAAAGAAUUUUUACUUGAACUACUGAUUUCUCGACAUGAAAGAAGAAUGUCGCAAAUACAAACUUUAAAUCGAACACCAAUGUUUCCUACUGAACAGAUUUUAUGGGAUCAGAAUAUUGUUCCGACAGAAUUUUACUCAGGGGAAGGUUGCUUAGCUCUUCCUAAACUAAAUCUGCAGUUCCUUACUCUGCAUGAUUAUUUGUUGCGCAAUCACAACCUUUUUCAACUGGAAUCCACUUAUGAAGUACGUAGUGAUAUUGAAGAUAUAAUUAGCAGAAUAAAACCUUGGAAAAGUGAAUAUGGUGACACAUUAUUUCAAGGAUGGGCAAGAAUGGCGGUUCCAAUAAACAGUUUUUCAAUAAUAGAGGUUGGAAAACCAAAAGUUGGAGAAACAUGUCCUUCCAGAGUUCUAGCUGAUGUGAAAAUAACACUCAGUCAACGUCAUACACUACGAGAGGAAUGGGAAGGAUUACGAAAACACGAUGUUGCAUUCUUGAUCUCUAUAAAAGCCCAAAAGACAGUUUAUAACCAACGCUAUGAUAAAUCAGUUCCUUUUGCUGAACAGUUUGGUAUAGCAUAUGUUCGAGGCUGCGAAAUUGAAGGAAUGCUUGAUGAAGAGGGAAAAGUUAUCGAAGAAGGUCCGGAUCCUAAACCUGAGCUUAAAGGAGAUGAUCGUACUUAUAGAGUAUGGUUAGAUACAAACCAAUAUGAAGCAGAUAUGAGCAAAACUAACAGUGGAUCAGAGGAUAUAUAUGAAACGUUUAAUGUUAUUAUGAGAAGAAAACCAAAAGAAAACAAUUUCAAAGCUGUUCUAGAAACAAUUCGUGAUUUAAUGAAUACACAGUGUUUAGUCCCAGAAUGGAUACAUGAUAUAUUUCUUGGUUAUGGAGAUCCUGCAUCUGCUAACUACAAAAGAGUUGACCAGCAAAUACCAACCUUAGACUUUGUUGAUACAUUUCUAAAUAUAGAUCACUUGAAAGCUUCAUUUCCAGACUUUAAUAUAAAGUGUGAAGAACAAAAUCCAGUGCCACCUUUUAAAAUAACUUUUCCUGUUGAAAAAGAAACUAGAAAACGAAAAGCUGAUUCGCAUUGUGAAAAAUCUGAGCUACUUGUUACUCCUUACCAGAUUCCAAACAGAGGUCCCUACCCAUAUAAUAAACCAAAGAUGAAUACAGUUCCAUUUACACCAACUCAGGUAGAAGCAAUUAAAUCAGGGAUGCAGCCUGGGUUGACAAUGGUUGUUGGGCCACCUGGUACUGGAAAAACAGAUGUUGCUGUACAAAUCAUUUCUAAUAUUUAUCAUAAUUUUCCUGAUCAAAGAACACUUAUUGUGACACAUUCUAAUCAGGCUUUAAACCAACUGUUUGAAAAAAUUAUGGCUUUGGACAUAGAUGAACGACAUUUAUUACGUUUGGGUCAUGCUGCAGAGACCUUGGAGACUGACAAAGAUUUUAGCAGGUAUGGGCGUGUAAACUUUGUACUUGCUCGAAGGUUGUAUUUGCUGGAAGAAGUUCAAAGACUUCAACAAAGUUUGGGUGUUUCUGGUGAUGUUGGUUAUACAUGUGAAACUGCUGGCCAUUUUUACUUAUAUCAGAUUGUCUCACGAUGGGAAAAGUAUAUCAGUCAACUAAAGCAUAAGGUUGAUGAUGCUGAAUCAGUUUCAGAAUUGUUUCCUUUUAAAGUUUAUUUUUUAAAUGCACCUCAACCAUUGUUUAAACAACGUUCUUAUGAAGAGGAUUGGAUAAUUGCUGAAGGUUGUUAUAGACACAUUCAAAAGAUUUUCACUGAACUGGAAGAGUUCAGGGCUUUUGAGCUUUUAAGAAGUGGAAGGGAUCGUUCAAAGUAUUUACUGAUUAAGACUGCAAAAAUUAUUGCCAUGACUUGUACCCAUGCUGCCUUGCGAAGAAGGGAUCUUGUAGAACUAAAUUUUAAAUAUGAUAAUGUUUUGAUGGAAGAAGCAGCUCAAAUCCUUGAAAUUGAAACUUUUAUCCCGUUGAUGUUGCAAAAUCCUCAGGAUGGGCAUAAUCGUUUAAAAAGAGUCAUUUUGAUUGGGGAUCACCACCAGCUUCCUCCAGUUAUCAAAAAUAUGGCUUUCCAAAAGUUUUCUAAUAUGGAACAAUCUUUAUUUACAAGAUUUGUGAGACUUGGUGUUCCCUAUGUUCAGCUAGAUGCACAGGGGCGAGCAAGACCAAGUCUCUGUCAGUUAUAUAGUUGGAGAUAUGAUAAACUAGGUGAUUUGCAGCAUGUUGUUACUUGGUCUAAAUUUAAGCAUGGAAACCCAGGAAUGUUUUAUGACUACCAAUUAAUUGAUGUUCAAGACUUUAAUGGUGUUGGAGAAUCUGAGCCCAAUCCUUACUUUUAUCAGAAUCUUGCAGAAGCUGAGUAUAGCGUUGCAUUGUUUAUGUAUAUGCGUUUGCUUGGAUAUCCUGCAACAUCAAUUUCAAUUUUAACUACUUAUAAUGGGCAGAAGCAUCUUAUUCGGGAUGUUAUCAAUAAAAGAUGUGCUGAUAAUCCAUUAAUUGGAAAGCCACUUAAAGUGACAACAGUUGAUAGGUAUCAAGGUCAGCAAAAUGACUAUAUAAUAUUAUCCCUUGUCCGUACUAAGUCAGUUGGCCAUCUGCGUGAUGUUCGUCGAUUAGUUGUGGCAAUGUCUCGUGCACGUUUAGGUUUAUAUGUGUUUGCUCGAGUUAGCCUUUUUCAAAAUUGUUUUGAGUUGCGUCCAGCUUUUAGCCAGCUCGUUUCUCGCCCAUUACAACUUUUUCUAGCACCCUGGGAAACCUACCCAACAACUAGACUAAAUUCAGUUCAACCGGAGGGUAAUCCAUUGAUCAUUCGUGACAUGCCUCACUUAGCACAGUAUGUUUAUGACUUUUAUGGAGAAAAGAUAAAAAAAAUAAAUAAAUAAAAGCUAAAACCUGGCAGUCAAAUGUCUGAAAAAAAACGAACAAAAAAAUAUCGUGUAGCAUUUAUAAUGACGACGUUUUAAUUAUCGAUUAACUUUAAUUCAUUUACAGACAUUUUAAUGCUCCAAAAACGGUUAUUGACUUCACAGCAACAGACGCUGCAAAAAUUAGGCAAUGUAAACAGGACUCAGCAAUUAGAUGGUCUUCUUGUUCUGGCAUUAUAUUAUUUAUGUAUUUAUAUUUUUUAUAAAUAUAUUUCGGUAACAGUAA